AUGCAAUAGAAGAGAGUAUAGACAAGCUCAUUUAAACAAUAUAAAUCUUUUUACCAAAUCAGUAAAAGCAAAAAUGUUUUAAAAAAGAUCCACAAAGUAAGUUUAAUGAUGGUCGAAAACCUUUUGUUUGCCUUACUCUUAUUAUAUGAAAGAUAAUAGACUCAAUAGAAUGGAAGUCAAUUAAAAGAAGCUUGUGAUAGAACUAGAGGUAUUUUUUAUUAUAAUUUAGCAAGGACUUAUAUUAAUGUCUUAAUUUAUAGUAUGA